UAUGUUCUAUGGAAAUUACAGAGACCCUCAUUGUUUCCAGGGGCUAUUCCUGGACUUCGUUUUAGUACAUCCCCGAGCAACUGUUUUAACCAACACAUCAGAGGCCGGAGUGAGGAACCCUCUGUCUUCGGACCUCCCCUGCCGGAGUUGACAGGGAACGGAAGCUCAAACUGGGGGAACUAAGCGAAAUUGCCGUACAAUAUGGCAGCGCCCUACACUUCAUGAAGCUCUAGCAAUUCAGAUGUACGUUCCUUCUUCAAAGACGCGACAUACACCUGGCCGGAAAUGUGCCUCACAAACAACCUCCGGGAAGCGCACGAACUGCGAGGAAGGAGUUCCCCCAGAGCUGCUGCAAUUGAUUACAGGAUAAAUCUGUACUGUCCUUUUUAUGGAGGUGAAGUAGUGCAAAGAAUGGGAAGAUGCUGAGGCCCACAGCGGUCACUGUUACUGUGGCCACCCUGUUAGGUAUUGUAGGAGGAGGGCUGCUUUUUUGGAAGGUAAUCCAACACUGGAAAGACAAAACGUGUGCUGCCCGUAAGCAAGGAGGGGCUAAUGUUAAGAAAGAAGAAAACCUCUCUGAAGAGGAGUUUGCUACAUUAAUAUCCUCUUCCACAAUCCCAUGGUUGCAAAAGAUUCUUGAAGGAGAAGUGGUUAUCAUUUCUGAGGUAGAGAAGUGGAAUGAAGUGGAGCUCUUACUAAAAAAAGAGUUGGAACAUUGUCCAGUCCUUGGAAUUGACUGUGAAUGGGUGUCAACAGAAGGGAAGAAGACCAAGCCUGUCUCUCUUUUACAAAUGGCAGCAGCCAGUGGUCUUUGUAUUCUUCUCCGCUUGUCCAGGCUGACUGGUGGUGGGCAGGUUCUUCCAAAGACAUUGGUGGACAUUCUGGCAGAUGGUGGCAUCUUAAAAGUUGGAGUGGGGUGUUGGGAAGAUGCGUGCAAGUUACUUCGUGACUAUGGUGUAGUAGUCAAAGGGACUGUGGAUCUCCGGUAUUUGGCCAUGAGACAGAGUAAGGCUCUUGCCCAGAAUGGCCUCAGUCUCAAGUCUCUUGCUGAGAGGAUUCUCAACUACUCACUUGAUAAGUCUCUUCACCUACGCUGCAGCAACUGGGAAGAAGAAGAACUGGCUCAAGAACAGGUUGUGUACGCUGCCAGGGAUGCCCAGGUGUCAGUAGCUCUGUUCCUUCAUCUGCUGAGAUUGCCCUUCUUGCCUUGUACAUCAGGCAGUGAGCCUGCUCUUCCCAGCUGGGAAAAGGUUCUGAGGAAGUGUCAGGGCUUGGUGGAUGUGGCCUUUAAAGCAAGAAACAGUAGUAGCCUUGGAGAGGAAGAAAACAGAAAAGUCUCAGAACAAAAGCGGAAGAAUCAGAAGCCACAAGCAAACGGGCAGUCCGCUGGCAGUGGGCAAACAAAAGAUCCUCGAAAACAUAAGCGAAAGCCCCUAGGAGUAGGAUAUUCAGUGAGAAAAUCUCCCUUAUAUGAAAAUUGCUUCUUGCAUGCACCAGAUGGGCAGCCUCUUUGCACUUGUGAUCGCAAGAAGGCCCAGUGGUACCUUGACAAGGGCAUUGGAGAAUUGGUGAGCACUGACCCAUUUAUUGUGAAGUUGCAGUUUGAACCUUCUGGGCGCCCUGAGUCUAAAAGGGAUUACUACUUGACAGUCAAAGAGAACCUGUGUGUUGUGUGUGGUAAAAGGGAGUCUUACAUUAGGAAGAACAUAGUGCCUCAUGAGUAUCGGAAACAUUUCCCCUUGGAGAUGAAGGACCACAGCUCCCAUGAUGUGCUCCUCCUUUGCACGGCCUGCCAUGCUGUCUCCAAUUACUAUGAUAACCAUCUCAAGCAGCAGCUGGCUGAGGAGUUUGGUGCCCCCAUGGGCUGCGAGGAGGGAGUUCGCCUGCUUGAAGAUCCCAUCCGCAGGCAAGUCCGUUCAGCCGCCAGGGCUCUCCUGAAUGCAGACAGCCUACCUGAAGCCAGGAAAGAGGAAUUGUUGCAGGUGGUCAAGGACUAUUUUGGAUCUGCAGCAGUUUCUCCAGAGAUGUUACAAGAAGCAGCAGGACUGGAAACCAGGAUUUUUAACGAAUGCUACAUGCCACAUGGCCUGAAAGUGGUGCACUGUUUUGCCAAAGGAGGACUGCGCUCGCUCAUGCAACUGGAAAGAUGUUGGCGCCAGCAUUUCCUGGAUGUAAUGCAGCCCAAGCAUCUCCCAGAACAGUGGUCUGUGGAUCACAAUCAUGACAAGAUGAUCCGCAAAUAUGGGGAGGAUUUCCAGGUUAAAAUCUCAUGAAGGUUUACAUUCCCAGAAGACAGAAGCGAAAAAGAAGUGAGAAAAGUGUGUGAUGAACUUGAAUGAUCUCACAGAGGUGCUACUUCUUUUGGAUUCCCAUGUUAAAGAGCAGGUUCCUACUCAGAUUUCCUGCAAAUUGAUACCAGCGGCAAUUGCAAAAAUGUUGUACAGUUAAGUUAAAUAUUAA